AUGGAGUUAGCCACCUUGCAUGGUUAUUGGAAUGGAAUGCCUUUGUGUUUCGGUGGAGACUUCAAUGAAAUAAGAUACAUGGUGGAGAGAAGGGGUUGUCGUAGAGCUUUGAAUUCAAUGAAAUACUUCGAUGACCUAUGUAAUGAGUUGGGCCUUAUCGAGUUGCCUCUUUCCGGUGCGAAGUAUACUUGGAGUAGACCACCUAACAAGAAGAGCAAAAUCGACCGUUUUCUUUUCUCGUCGGAGUGGGAACAUCAUUUUCCAAAUAUCAACUUCAAGCGUCUUGCAAGACCUAUUUCAGAUUAUUUUCCCAUUGAGUUAUGCUUAAAGGACUUAGAUUGGGGAACGGCGGGUGAAUGUUUUUCAAAGAAGUUACAUGCUUUGAAGGAGAAAUUGAAGGUGUGGAAUCGAGACGUUUUUGGGAACAUUGAUAGGGCAAUUGACUUGGCACUUACCAAGAUGAAGGAGUUAGAUGAACUAGAUGAUGAAAGGAGUUUUGACGAAGGUGAAGAAGACAUGCUUGUGACGGCUAAAAUGGAGUUUGAUGUGGCUCAUCGUCGUCAAAGCAUAAUGUUGCGGAAAAAGUCAAGACUUAGAUACUUUCGAGAUGGAGAUAGAAACACCAAACAUUUUCAUCGUGUAGUGAGGGGUUAUAGAGCUUUUAACAACAUCAAUAACCUUCGUAUUAAUGGUCGAUGGACCGAAAAUAAAGAAGAAAUCAAGUUGGGUAUUGCAAAUCAUUUUGAGUUAGCGUUUGAAGAAAAUUCAAACAAUCGUCCAAGAAUCAAAAGUAUGUGUCUAAAGUGUAUUUAUGAGAAUGCAAGUAUAUGGUUGGAGAGAUCGUUUGAUGAAGAAGAAGUUAAAAAUGCAAUUAAAGAUUUGGGAAUUGAUCGUGCCCCAGGUCCGAAUGGAUUUCCUAUGAAGUUCUUUCUUGUUUGUUGGGAUUUUCUAAAAGAAGAUUUGAUGAAGGUUUUUGAAGAAUUUCAUGACCAUAAUAUUCUUCACUCGUCUUUGAAAAACAAUUUUAUUGCGCUCAUCCCUAAGAAGGCGGGUGUAGAAGAAGUAAAAGAUUUUCGGCCAAUUAGUCUUAUUGGGAGUGUGUACAAAAUCAUUUCAAAAGUUUUGGCGGAGCGUUUAAAGAGAGAACAAGUUGAUGCUCUUCGUUACCUUCUUCUUUGUUUUGAGUUAACUUCGGAUUUGAAGAUAUAUUUCUCCAAAAGUAGCUUAUUUGGAGUCGCGGUUGAUGAGGAAGUUGAAAAUUAUGCUUACAUGUUAGGAUGCAAGUAUGCGAGUUUUCCUAGCAUAUAUCUUGGCCUACCUUUGGGAGAUAAGGUAGGAGGCAUUCAAAAAUGGGGAAACACACUUGAAAUUAAUGGAAAAAGAAUUACUUCUUGGAAUGGAAAAACAAUAGCAAGAGGAGGUAAGUUAACUCUCAUCAAAAGCAUUUUAGCUAGCCUACCCAUUUAUUAUCUCUCUAUUUUUCUUGCUCCUUGCUCCAUAACUAAGAAAAUUGAUAGAAUUGUGAGAAAUUUCUUAUGGGAGGAUGAAAAUAGGAAAAGAAUCCACAAUAUUGGUUGGAAAUUGUCUUCAAAAGAAAAAGAAAAAGGUGGUCUUGGUAUAAGAAGAGCUAAGCAAGUGAACUCGGCUUUGCUAAAAAAAUGGUGGUGGCGCUUUGGCGUAGAGAAAGAAGCGUUUUGGAGGAAGAUCAUAGUUGAAAAAUUUGGUGAAACAUUUACCGGUUGGGAAUCUCUCCAACCCAAAAGAUCGAAAGGCGGUAGCUUGUGGUUCAAUAUAUAUAAAGAUCUUGAAGAUUUCAAUAAAAAUAUUAGAUUCAAGAUUGGAGCGGGUAAGGAAACUAGAUUUUGGAAAGAUUCUUGGCUUUGUGAACGAAGAUUGUGCGAUAUGUUUCCUUUUGCUUAUGAAGAUUCUAGGACCAAGGAGUUUAUGGUGGCUAGUAUGUAUGAAGUUAGGGAAGAUGGUGCAAGGUGGGAAUUUAUGUCUAGGCAAAGACACUCUCAAACCAUUACAAGUGAAGUGUUAUCUAUAUCAAAUCUUCUCUCUUUCAUCUCUAUUCAAGAAGGGGUUACGGAUACCCGAAUUUGGGUUGGUAGUGAUCAUGGUCAAUAUACGGUUAAGGAUGGAAGUAAAGAAAACGACGAUCAAGGUGAGCCGUAUUAUCCAAUCAAUGUUGUAUGGAGUAAUGAGUACCCUCACAAAAUCAAUUUUUUUCUUUGGCUUCUCUCUCAUGAUCGGGUAAUGAAGGCGGAUAAACUUCUGAGAAGAGGUAUGGAUGUCUCUAGUGGUUGUCGUUUUUGUGAGGAAGACGAUGAAUCGAGUUCACACUUGUUCUAUGAUUGUUGGAGAACCCGGAGAAUAUGGGAUUACUUCGUUGAAGGGUGCCACUUUGGAUGGUCAUACGACCCUAAUAUCAUUGUUUCUAUUAAGAAUUUGAAGUUUAAUUGGGGAGACGAAAGACUUAGCCGCAUAUGGAAUACCAUCCCGGUUGCAAUUUGGUGGUGUAUAUAG